AUGGAGGUGGCUGUGUGGAUGGUUAUGCGCCGUGGACCAAAUCGUGCAUCCUUCAUGUGGGGAAGCUCGACUCACAAUACCCAAAUCGAGCGGCUGUGGGUCGAAGUCGGGCGCCAGUUUUGCCGUGAAUGGCGUGCAUUCUUCCUUUGCCUCGAACAUCUACACAUGCUUGAUAGGGACAACCACCACCAUCUUUGGCUGCUACACACCCUAUUCCUUAAUGCUGUCAAUGUUGACUGUAAGGCCUUCCAAGACGAGUGGAAUGCGCACCCGAUCUCUGGCCCUGACACUCAUGAUCAGAGCCCCAAUGACAUGCGCUUUCUUGGCCAGGCCGCAAAUGGCAUCUACGUCGAUGAUGGCACUGAUAUUCAUCCAGAUGUACUGCAUGAACUAUACGGGAUGGCGCGCACUCCAGUACAUCGGCGACGAGGACAGACAGGUGCAGGGCACCCUCCAGAAGAGGAGGAGUCAGAAAAUGAAGAUGAUGCCAUAGUUGAUGGUCCUACCGCUGAUAUAUCAGAGCAGAUCGCAGCGGCUCAGCAGGGUAAUGUUCGCCAUGAUCCUGUCGAUGUGCCGGCACAUGCGAGUCCUUUCGCAGAUGAGGCCACAGAGACCUUACUUUUCAACGCUCUGGCUGCUGUUCGCGGAGAUGGGUUCCUUCCGGCAGGGUACGGAGUGCUCAUUGGAGAAGAGAUUGAUGCCUACGAUCAUGAGGAGGCCAUACGUUUGGGACGUCAUGGUACUAAGGAGCUCAUAGUAACGCUGCCGGAACAUAUAUGGCGUCCGUGA